AUGGCGGGCGGGCUGGAGCCGCACCUGGAGGCGCUGCGGCGGGAACUUCACGGCCCCGCCGUGCUCUCCGUGCUCGUCGCGCUCAUCGCCGUCGCCAUCACCUUCCUGAUCUGGCGGUUCGUGCAGGGCAGGAGGAGCAGCCGGAAGGCCGUGCUGCUGCUGGGUCUCUGCGACGCGGGAAAGACACUGCUUUUCGCGCGGCUGCUGUCAGGACGGUACCGGGACACCCAGACCUCGAUCACCGACAGCUCUGCCGUGUACAGGGUCAGCCGGGACAAGAGCACUAAUGUGACCUUGAUCGACCUUCCAGGCCAUGAGAGUCUGAGGCUGCAGUUCUUGGAGAGGUUCAAGGCAGCAGCCAGAGCCAUCGUGUUUGUGGUGGACAGCGUGGCCUUCCAGCGGGAGGUGAAGGAUGUGGCAGAAUUCCUGUACCAGGUGCUGGUGGACAGCACCGUGCUCAGGAACGCGCCCGCGCUGCUCGUCGCCUGCAACAAGCAAGAUGUCACAAUGGCAAAAUCAGCAAAACUCAUCCAGCAGCAGCUGGAGAAAGAGCUCAAUACCCUGCGGGUGACACGCUCUGCAGCCCCCACCAGCCUGGAUGGCUCAGCCACAGGGGGCCCUGCCCAGCUGGGGAAGAAGGGCAAGGACUUCGACUUCUCCCAGCUGCCCAUGAAGGUGGAAUUUGUGGAGUGCAGUGCUCGAGGCAGCAAGGGAGAGGAGGGAGAGGCUGACUUGGAGGGCAUCGAGAAGUGGCUGGUGAAGGUGGCCUGAACAGAGAUGGACAGGGCUGGGGGACUGAAGGGAGAAAGAUGAUCUGGAGAACUCAAAUCUCAUCUUGAUGUAAAAAGAAGGAACUUCAGCUGGAAGUCAGCACUGUAGUGUCUUCCUCUGCUGCUCAUGGGCUUGGGAGCGAUGUGACAGUUGUUGGUGUGAUUCCCUCUGACUGUCCCUUCAUGAUGCAAUAUUUUAUCCUCUCCCCUUGCCCUCCUCUGAGCUGCUGAACCUCUGGGCUUUUCUUUUUUCUUAAUCCUCAGGCUUUUUAUUUGGUAGUUGCCAAGCAAAUUAGAAAGGAGUGCACUGGCAGGUGAGUUUUAGAGACUGGGGUGUGCUGUCAUUUCCUGCCAUGGUUUAGACCCCUGUUGCCUCUCAGAGCCACUGACCCACCUUAUGGUUGGGGCUGCUGGGGAGCACUGCAC